UUUUUUUUUAUUUUAAUUUUUGGAAAAAUGAGUUUACAAAUGGUAAAUCCUAAUUUUCAAAAUAUUGACUUAAGCCAUUAUAAUAAUAAUACAAGCAAUUCAACUACCACAUCAGCAACAAACUCUUCAUCAAACCAACAAGGAAUGAUAACACAACCACAACAAUAUAAUGGUAUGAUGCUUAACCAACAACAAAUGCAACAUGUUGUGCCACAUCUUCACCAUUUACAGAACAAUCAAUUAAUGAGAAAUGUGCCAGAUUAUAAUAACUCACCGCAUAAUACACCAUCAACAUCGACAAUGUCACCUAACUGUAUCAAUAUAGCAUCAUCGAAUAAAACUACAUCGUCAUCAUCGACAAAUACACCACAAAUUACCCAAGCAUCACCAGCAAACUUAACCAACUCCCCAUCGACUAUUUCAUCGCCAAUUACUAUUUCAAACAACUCAAGUUUAAACUCUCCAUCCACUUCAAGUAGUCCAAGUUUAUUAAAUGGUGCCUCAAGUAAAAGAAUUGUAAUAACACAACAAACCUGCUUAGUUGAAGAGAAAUUUAGUAAAAAUGGUGUCCAAAAGAAUGUACAUGUAGUUGUAAAAAAUAAUCCAUUCCUUCUUACUCUUAGUUUAUUGGAUAAUAGUUUAAAUUUCCAUCAAUUAACCCCAGAGGUUCAAUUGGUUUAUGAUAGUGAAAGCCUCAAAGAAGUUGACUCUGCAACAGUAAAACCAUUAGAAUAUAAAACACGUGCCAACGAAGAAGGGGACCAGUUGACCAUUGAACUUAGAAUUAAAGUACUAUCGAGUCAAUUAGAGGAUAUGUUGUUUAGAGCCAAAGUUAAAAUAGUCGACCCAAGAACUCGUAAAGAAACCCAAGGUUUAUCUGUAAUUACCCACCCAAUAAGAGUUGUUUCUAAACCAGACCAAGUCAAGAAGAAGGCCAAAAAGAGAAAGAGAGCUCCAACCGACUCAUUAAUGGAUACCUUAAAUAGAAUUGAACAUCAACAAAAAGAACAACAAAGAUUAUUAAAGAAACUUUGUUACCAUGAUAAAGAAAAUAAUAUAAUACAACUAAUUCAAGCAAAUAAAAGCAAACCAUGUAAUAAUAGUAACAAUACAGAUAAUAGUAAUAAUAUUGAAAAUAGUAAUAGUAAUAGUACCGAAGAUCUUAUUAAAUUAGAAAAUGGUACCAUUAUUAAAACAGAAAUAGACUCAAAUUCUGAAGAUGCUGGUUCGAAUAAACAAAUCAAUGGCAAAGAUGAAUUCCAAAAUGCAUUUAAAGAAUUUAUUGGUGCAUUUAAACAACUACAAUGUCUUGACCCAGAUGGAGCCGAUGGUGCCUUCAAAAUCAAUACCUGUGCGAAUGAUGCCCAAACAAUGUGCGAAAUAUUAGAAAUGGUUAAAAUAGAAUUAAAGAAAGAUGAAAACUUUAAAGAUAAAUGUGGAGGAAACGGAGGCUGUGAUAAUCCUGACAACCCUUGCUCAUGUAAAUCGUGUCCAUAUAAACAAAAAGUUGAUCAUAUUAAUCAAUCUUAUGAAAAUUACUUUAGUAUGUUUAAUCCAAAUAACAACUCGGUUGUUCCACAAGUAGGCCAAUUAGAAUAUACCACAUAUGACCAAACUCAACAAACUCAGCAAACAUCCCAAUCACCAAACCAAUUACAACAACAACAACAGCAAUUACAACAACAAAUGCAACAACAAUAUAUGCAACAAACAAUGGAUCAACAACAACAACAAUACUACUUACAACAAUAUCAUAUGCAACAACAACAACAAAGAUACCUCAUUCAACAACAACAACAAUAUUUGCAACAACAACAACAACAACAAGUUAAUCAACAACAAAUACCACCACAACAACACAACAACAACAACAACAGCAAAUUGAUUUCCAAAAUGGUAAUUUCAUUGACUUUAAUUCUGGUUUAGGUUUUAUGAAUUUCCCUAAAUAUCUCUGGAUUUGGUGAUAUUGGUUUCUCUGCAGUAUAAUAAUAUAAAUCUAAAAAAAAUAAAUAAAAAACACUUUAUUAAUUUUUUUUAU